GACGCCAUCCGGCGGCAGCUUUGCAAAAUCAACGAGCGUCGUGGGGCGUGGAUGUGUACAGAUAAUUCUAUUGCCGUGCGUCAAAAAAAAAAACAACAAAAACAAUAAAAGAAACAAAAACUCUUUAUAGGAUAGCUUUUUGAUUUCGUUCGAGUUGUUGUAACGUAAAACCGGAUGAAAAGCAGUGUGAUUAUAUUUCAUGGAUUGUCUGUGAGUGUAGCAAGUGCGUUGUUGUGAAACAAAUAUGUACUUGAAGUUAAUCCCGUUGAUGGUCGUCGUUGCGUUAUUGGAUUUCGGAUGCGCGGAGAGCGAGCACCGGACCAAGGCUGCCCUGGAAAAGCACUCGGAUUUGUACUGCUACAAGUGUGAUAACAUUUUACACGGGGAACGAUGCUUGGAUGUGAAGGAGAACGGCAGUUCCAUCCAUGGGAAAUGCUCCAACGAUCAGAGAAUCUGCCAGGUGAAGACCAUAACCAUAUCAAGUAGUACAGAGGACACGACGGGUCAACCUAAAUUGUGGUUGCUCCAAAGGAAUUGCACGAAGACAUGUGAACCGGUUUGUGUGAUCAUCGGGGAAAGGACGAAAUUACGAGCAUGCACCACCUGUUGCGAGACGUCCUUCUGUAAUUUGGGGAACGGCGCCAACGCCCCUAGGAUCGUCGGAGAUCUUAGGAUACUAAUUUUCAUGUUGCUCAUCACGCUGAGAGUGCUCGACGUGACGGACGGCGACAGGUCAUAAACGAAACCUUUCCACUUCAUUCCUCCGAGCAUUUCAAUCCAAAUACACAACCUUCCAUUCAUUUACAGUACAUGAAGAUCUCCUCAAAGCAGAUUAACUAAUGUCUUAAUUAAUGUCUCUUUGACUUAGACUUUAGAAUCAACUUAGCAAUACAAAAAAAAAUUGAAGAUUCAUAUCAUUUUCAAUUUAUUAGCAUUAUAAAUAAUAUGAUAAAAUUACUUUUCACGAUUUAUUUUGGAACUUCAGAUUCUUACCCGUGGUAUGCCUCAAUUACAUCUAAAUUUUAUAGUUAUUUUGUGCCAAUAAUUAUAAAUACAGCAAAUCCUCGCAUAGUGCGAAUAUUUGAUUCCACCAAUAUCUCGUACUGUUUGAAACCGGACUAAUCGAGGACUUUUAAACCUUAAUAAAUUGCGCAAAAGAGAUUUGAAAAAAAUAUUUUGUCAAUAUAAAUUUAGUUUUUUUUUUUAAUUUUCAAA